GGUUUUCCUUGGUGACGAGGCCGUUCUGGUGCCUUUUCUCCGGCUGGCUGCUCUUUAGGAUCUGUGGAGAAGUUGGGGAAGGGUCAUGGUGGAAAACUCUCCGUCUCCCCUGCCUGAGAGAGCCAUCUACGGCUUUGUGCUCUUCCUGGGCUCACAGUUUGGUUUCUUUUUGUACUGCCUGUGGGCGUAUAUACCAGAGGAAUGGCUUCAUUCAGUAGGGCUGACUUACUGGCCUCAGAAGUAUUGGGCUCUUGCAAUGCCAAUCUACCUCCUGGUUGCAUUAAUGGUCUUUGUGGUCGUGUUGUUUGGUAUUAACUUUAGCAACACGGCUCCGCUGGAUUCUGUGGACAACAUCACAGACAUGUUUGCACAAGGUCAGAAGUCAGACUGCUACCGGAAGGGUGGAAUACCCCGACUGAAGGAUGUGUCCAUCAGCGAAGUGAACAAAAUGUUCUAUUUAUCUUCUGAGACGUGACGAACACAGACCUAGUGAGCUGUGGGCAGGUUAAGGUUGACUGUGUUACUGCUGUUUAUUUUAAGUUUAUUAGAAAAAAAAUCAUUUGGCCGUUUUUUUUUGUAGAGAUUAGUUUUUUUCCUGGCUCUCAGUUCACAACUCUUAUAUUUUUAUCAUGAUAUAAAAACCUGUGGUUUAAUUUAUUUUUCUUCCUUUAUAGGCCAACUUGUACCUUGAAUUCAGAGAUUUGUGUAGUAACUCUUGUUUUUGUAUAACGGUCCAAGUUAUGGCUGUAAAUCUGGAAUAAAUGCAAUUUUUCAAAGCCUUCUUCAUGCUUCUUGUGAAAUGCAUCAAUUCACGUUAGAGAUGUUAACACAGGGCAACAAAUAACUUUAUAAAUAAUCAGUUUGUAAAAUCUAUUAUAUAAAUCAUAAUUGGGACGGUCAUAAACAUCUAGAGUAUCAAUGCUAAUGCAUAUUAUAUUAGGAACCCUGUCCCUAAAAGUUACACGUAUAGAUUUCUUUUAAAGGAGGAUAGCUGUUAUGUUUGUGCAGAAUGAAUAAAGGCCAUUCUUAGUUCAUGUUAACUUUUAAUUGUUUUGGGACAAUUUAUUUAGGAAACUUUAACUGAAAGUCAUUAUGGUUUAUAGCCAAUCCAAAAAACCCACCUGCUGCAUAUGAUUAGGGAAUCUUGCGGAACAUCGUUAUCUGUGUGUUCUGGUCUUUUGUUAUAUUUGACUGUGUUUUUAUGAUUUACUGUCUUCAAUAAAUACAUUGUGAUUCAA